GGAAAAACCUUCUCUCACAGCUCAGCCCUUUCUGUACAUCAGAGAAUCCACACAGGGGACAGGCCCUAUGAAUGCACUGAGUGUGGGAAAACCUUCAAUCGCAGUUCGCACCUUAUUAGUCAUCAAACAAUCCACAGAGGAGAGAGGCCCUAUGAAUGCCGUGAGUGUGGGAAAUGCUUCACUAGCAGCUCAAACCUUUCUCAACAUCAGAGAAUCCACACAGGGGAGAGGCCCUUUGAAUGCCGUGAGUGUGGGAAAUGCUUCACUAGCAGCUCAGUCCUUUCUAAACAUCAGAGAAUCCACACAGGGGAGAGGCCCUUUGAAUGCCGUGAGUGUGGGAAAAGCUUCACUAGCAGCUCAGCCCUUUCUGUUCAUCAGAGAAUCCACAAAGGGGAAAGGCCCUAUGAAUGCCGUGAGUGUGGGAAAAGCUUCACUAGCAGCUCAGACCUUUCUAGACAUCAGAGAAUCCACACAAGGGACAGGCCCUAUGAAUGCACUGAGUGCGGGAAAACCUUCAAUCGCAGUUCGCACCUUAUUAAGCAUCAAACAAUCCAUGGAGGAGAGAGGCCCUAUGAAUGCCGUGAGUGUGGAAAAUUACAUAAAAGGUUCUCUCACCUUAUCAGACAUGAGAGAAUCCACACAGGGGAAACGCCCUACACGUGCUCUGAGUGCGGGAAAAGCUUCAAUCAGCGCUCAGACCUUAUCAGACAUGAGAGAAUCCACACAGGGGAGACGCCCUACACGUGCUCUGAAUGUGGGAAAAGCUUCAGGCGGAGCUCUCACCUUAUCAGACAUGAAAGAAUCCACACAGGGGAGAUGCCCUACACGUGCUCUGAGUGCGGGAAAAGCUUCAAUCAGAGCUCUAUCCUCAGUGCGCACAGGAGAAUCCACACAGGGGAGACACCCUACACGUGCUCUGAGUGUGGGAAAAGCUUCAGAGGACACUCAGCCCUUUCUGUACAUCAGAGAAUCCACACAGGGGACAGGCCCUAUGAAUGCACUGAGUGUGGGAAAACCUUCAAUCGCAGUUCGCACCUUAUUAGCCAUUGGAGAAUCCACACAGGGGACAGGCCCUACGAAUGCCAUGAGUGUGGGAAAACCUUCACUCAAAUAUCAACCCUUUCUGUUCAUCAGAGAAUCCACACAGGAGACAGGCCCUAUGAAUGCCGUGAGUGUGGGAAAAGCUUCACUAAUAACUCGGCCCUUUCUGUUCAUCAGAGAAUCCACACAGGGGACAGGCCCUAUGAAUGCCAUGAGUGUGGGAAAAGCUUCACUAGCAACUCGGCCCUUUCUGUUCAUCAGAGAAUCCACACAGGGGAGAGGCCCUACAAAUGCAGUGAGUGUGGGAAAACCUUCACUCAAAUAUCAACCCUUUCUGUUCAUCAGAGAAUCCACACAGGAGACAGGCCCUACGAAUGCCGUGAGUGUGGGAAAACCUUCACUCGAAUAUCAACCCUUUCUGUUCAUCAGAGAAUCCACACAGGAGACAGGCCCUACGAAUGCAAUGAGUGUGGGAAAAGCUUCACUAGCAACUCGGCCCUUUCUGUUCAUCAGAGAAUCCACACAGAGGACAGGCCCUACGAAUGCCGUGAGUGUGGGAAAAGCUUCACUCAAAUAUCAACCCUUUCUGUUCAUCAUAGAAUCCACACAGGAGACAGGCCCUACGAAUGCAAUGAGUGUAGGAAAAGCUUCACUAGCAACUCGGCCCUUUCUGUUCAUCAGAGAAUCCACACAGAGGACAGGCCCUACGAAUGCCGUGAGUGUGGGAAAACCUUCACUGAAAUAUCAACCCUUUCUGUUCAUCAGAGAAUCCACACAGGAGACAGGCCCUACGAAUGCAAUGAGUGUGGGAAAAGCUUCACUCGGAACUCAGAUCUUUCUAAACAUCAGAGAAUCCACACAGGGGAGAGGCCCUACAAAUGCAGUGAGUGUGGGAAAACCUUCACUCAAAUAUCAACCCUUUCUGUUCAUCAGAGAAUCCACACAGGGGAGAGGCCCUACGAAUGCCAUGAGUGUGGGAAAACCUUCACUCGAAUAUCAACCCUUUCUGUUCAUCAGAGAAUCCACACAGGAGACAGGCCCUACGAAUGCAAUGAGUGUGGGAAAAGCUUCACUAGCAACUCAGCCCUUUCUGUUCAUCAGAAACUCCACACAGGGGAGAGGCCCUACGAAUGCCGUGAGUGUGGGAAAAGCUUCACUCAAAGAUCAGCCCUUUCUGAACAUCAGAGAAUCCACACGGGGGAAAGGCCCUAUGAAUGCCGUGAGUGUGGGAAAAGCUUCAAUCGCAGAUCAAACCUUUCUGUUCAUCAGAGAAUCCACACAGAUGGGAGGCCCUACGAAUGCCGUGAGUGUGGGAAGACCUUCUCUUGGCACUCAGCCGAUAAUAGCCAUCAGAAAAUCUGCAAGGGCAAUGAACACCAUAAAACCCUCUAGGGCU